UUUAAAUUGUUUACAAUACACUAUAAACCACUGUUGUUAAUAAAUAAGAGUUGUUAUUACUUGUACUCCUGCAGUUGUUUAACUUCCGCUGUAUUAGGAUUAUCUUCAUCAUAAAUCAUUGCGAUAUACGAAGUAGAUGAUUACUUAAUAACUGGUAGUUUGAAGACUUUACUUCAUCUCACAUUUAUAGAAUGCUAAAGAAAAUCGAAAAUGUCCAAGAAGGAGAACGGCUCGUCCUUCCAGUGUGCCUUCGAAAAAGCCGUACAGGUUAUGACCACAACAGACCCCAACGAACUCAAGGGUAGAAUCGAGUGUGAAGUCUGCAAGGGCAUCUUUUUUAUGCGACAUCAUUUCAACAGCCACAUUUGCAACGAUAAGGCCAAACAGAUUUCGUGCCCCAUUUGUCAGAAAACGUUCACGUCAAGAUUCCGUCUGCGACAGCAUUCGUAUCUCCAUUCUGGGGAAAAACCGGUCGAAUGUAAAGUAUGCAAGAAACGAUUCAGUCUCACAUACAUCGCCAAACAUUUGCAAACCCACACGGGUGGCAAACGUUUCAAAUGCAAAAUAUGCGAGAAAUCGUACAGGUAUUCUGACACCCUCAAGGCGCACAUGUACAGCCACACUGGCGAGAAACCACACAAAUGUAAAUAUUGCGGGAGGCAGUUUCGCGUGAAGUCAAUUUUGAGGGUGCAUCUCACCACGCACGAAGAAAAGACUAACAAAUGCCUUCUCUGUCCGAGGGUGUUCUCGACCAGGUACUAUCUGAAGGUUCACAUGGCCGUUCACGAAAACGAAAAACCAUUCAAGUGCGAAACCUGCGGCAAAUGCUUCGUCUUGAACAUCACCUUGAAGAAACACAUGCUAACUCAUCUGGGGAAGAAACCGUUCAAAUGUCAACAGUGUUCGAAAACUUUUACGCGAAAAGAGACCCUCUCGGUUCACGUAAAAUGUACCCAUCAAAAGGACACCAGUGGUUUAGAGAAAUGCCACGUAUGUAACAAGCAUUUCUUGUACAAGUCUCGCCUCGGACAACACAUGAGAACUCACACUAAGUUAGAUUGUUUGUUCUGCGUCCGACCUGCUCAUGAAUGCAUCUGUUUAGAGAAUUCGGAAAGACAUUACAGUGACUCCCUGAAAAAGCCUUAUAUGAGAGACAAUUUCAUGUUCAAGUGCCAGACAUGUUCCAGGAUCAUCCUGCGUCAGUCCCAGUUGAAGAUGCACUUGCGAAAGCACCGCGAGUACAAAUGCGUAGUCUGCGACAAGGAUUACAAGAAUUGCAGUUGUUCUGAUAGUCACAUUGAAGUUUCAAAAAGCAAGAACACUUAUCAAAAAAGUAGUAAACCGUCGAUCAGUGUUAAUAAUCAUUCAACGGAUUUAAGGGUUGUAAAUCCGAAAGACAUCGUAGACCCACUGAACGGUCGAUUUGCUACCAAAGACAAGUUUAUGUUGAAGUGUCAAACAUGCUCCAGAAUCGUCUUGUGUCAAUCCCAAUUAAAGUUUCAUUCGCGAGUUCAUCGCGAUUUUAAAUGCGUAGUUUGUAACGAGGACUACAGGAAUUGCAGUUGUUCGGACGAUUAUCUGGAGGUGUCGAAAGGCGUAAACACCUACCAGAAAACCAGUAAAGCCUCAACUAACGCUAUAGAGUCGUUGACAAGAAAAACAGUUGAACCUGCUGUUGAAGUUAAGGAAGAAGAAACUUUUACUUCAAUUGAUACUCCUGGUGUAAAAUGUGAGAACAAGUCUAUCGAAUUAAGCGAAGUUACUGUAGCUAAAGAAGAACCUAUAGAAGCAAUAGGCGAAAACACAGUUGACGCAUUUGCUUAUAGUUACUGUAGUAAAGUGGACGAAGUCAAAAAUAAGACCACUGAAGUUAAGGAAGAAAUUGUAGAAUUGUAAUAAACGAAAAUGAACAAUUAAAGUUUAAAAAUACUAUAAUUAUAUUCUAAGAGGAUUUGUUUUGCAAAUAUAUUUGUUUUCUUAAU